AUGGAGCACCGCAAGCGUAGGCAGCCUCUCGACAAGGGACCCGAGGGGAUCAAUCAACCAAGAUGGACUGGUCCAAUGACACCGGCCGCCCCGGCUCAUCACCAGCAAAUGUCGGCUAUACUCGCCGAACAAUCCAGCACCGCAACUACCCACAAUCAUCAACACAGCAUCGCCGAGAUAGGGGGACCCGUUCAACUUGCCAUCAAUCCAGUCUACCAGCAAGCCCAGCAGCUUGACAUUGUACAAACCCAAUCUAUACAAGCACAAGACAACAUCGACUCUGAAUUGAAGUACGUCAAAUAUGAGCAAUCCCUUAACGAAGGCUUCGACGCCGCCCAAGAACUCAACGCCCAAUACGAAACAUCAAUCCAAGGAAAAGACGCCAAGCUCAAUCAAAUGCAAGCUGAGAAUGACAGCCAAGUUAAAGUCAUCGACAGCCUCGGCAAGCAGAACGCGGCGCUCAGAGCAGAAAUCCAGAACAUCACUACAUCUGGCCAGCAGAAGCUCAAGGCACUCCAAGAGGCGAGUGAAGAGAACAACAACCAAUUCAAGAUUUCCAAGGCGAAGACUCGGAAAUUAACACAAGACGUCGUCAACCUAACCACCAUUAUCGUCAAUCUUGGCAAUCAAAACACCGUGCUUGAAGCUAAAAUCUUUGAGCUAAGAAACAAACCCGACACAUUAGAGCUCUACAAACCCAUCGACAACCUCUGCAAGAAAAACACCGCCCUUGGAACAGAGAACCUCAAGCUUCGAAAUAACCUUACCGACAUCUCUGCUCUUGCGGAAGUAAGGGCGAACCUGCUCAACGAGGCGGCAGAUGCCGAACAGCAGCAGGCUGAAAGGAAUGAAUGGGACAUCGAGCAAGACAAUCUGCUCGAACUGGUCGACGACCUCAACGACGAGAACACUGUGCUGAAAGCAGACAACAAUAAGCUGCAAGAAGAGCUUCAAUCCGAGUUUAGAAUUGUGGAGCAGUUCAAUCACGCGCAAGAUGAAGCUCUUGCCGAGAUUGAGCGUCUUGGAGAAGAGCGCCGGGGGACAAUUCGACAGUACCAACAACAGGCGCUCAAUCAGAUCGAAUCCAGCAAACGCCAGUUCGAGGAAGAGAUCCAGAGAAAUACUGCUUCAGAGCAAGAACUGCGGGACAAGAUCACGGGUCUCAAGGCCGAGAAGGCUCGUCUUGAAGAGCAGAUUCGUGAGCUGAACGAAAGGUCGAGGAUUGCAUGGGAUAUGAUCCACGACAACGAUGCGAGGAUCCAUUGGGAUAAUAGACAUUGGGAGGAGGAGAGGGAGAGUCAUAUGGAUUAUGAGCAAGAAUUGGAGGAGGUGAAUGAGAGGCUAAAAGAGCGGGUUGAGGAGUUGGAGAAAGAGACGACGGAGAAGAUCGACAAGCUUGUGGAUGAGAAGAUGGAGGUGUAUAGCCAGUGGAGAGAGGAAGUCAAGGAUUUGAAGAAGGGUAUCCAGGAGGGUGCAGAUCCCAAUAACGUGCUCAAGGAGCAGAUUGGCACACUCCAGGCCCAGAUCCGGGAGAUGAUCGCAGAGCGCAUGGCAACCCAUACCAAAUCUCGAAUGUCCCCGGCUUCUGCUUGGCCAUUCUCGAGACUUUAUCCUCCGAUCCCUCACGAUGAGAAAGAGGACCAGAACGAUGAUGCAUCCGAAGCGGAAACCAAAAGCACCGACACACUGCAAGCAUCAUCUCCUGUCUAUAGCAUUCCUGACCCUGAGCAGUACAUGCUUGAUGGGCUCGAAGAUGACGAAGCUCAGCCCGAGCUCACCUCUGGUGACUCUGAGCACAACGAUUCCGAGAUCGACAAUGCUGAGAAUGGCGAUGCCAACAGCGAAGAACCGGAGCCUGACGAUACAUGGAAUGGCAUCUGGGCCGACAGCGACAGUUCUGAAAACAACGACACCGAUGACGACGAUACUGAGCACAACCACUCCGAGAACGGUGAUGCUGACAACGAAGCAUCCGAGCAUGACGAUUUUGAGAGCGACCAGGAGGCGAUCGAUGACGCCGAAACCGACGACUCCGAGAGCGAAGACUCAGACAACAUCAACGACAUCAAGUCCUUCCUCGCGCACACCGCACGCCUCUACCUCUCCGGCCUAACCGCCCACAAUGCCGUCAAAAUGGGCAAGAUCUCCGGCAAAGAACAUGCCCGACAACAAGAAAAUCUCUUUCUCAGGCUCGACACUAUCAAGAGAUCGCCAAGCCGCGACCGAGCACUAGAGAUCUGGACGACGAUGAGAGAAGGGAUGCGGGGGAUUGGGGAUGCUGAUCGACAGAUGGAGUUCUUGAAGGAGACGAUUAGGGUUAUGGAGGAGAGGGAGGGCUGGGAGGAAUCGAUUGAGGAGGUGUUGGCGCGUCUUCCGAGUGCUAGGAAGCGGAGACGUAGGGAGGAUGAUGAGAAGGUGGAGUCUUGGGCGGAGAAAAUUGUGAGGAUUUCUCGACCGGAAUUCAAACGCAGAAGAGUAUAA